UGCUUCCAUCCAUCAAGAUCUCGGUACCAUAAUCUCGUCGGAAGAACCCAACAUUCGUCCAUUUCAUGUUAUACAAUGGAGUCUCUCCUCGACCAAGCCGAUGCAUUGAUCCUGAUCGCCGGUGAGGAGGGCCCAGAACGCCCAAACUUUGAGAUACCCGAAGAGCUGGCGCACCACACAGUUCCUAAUGGCGACUGGCUCGAAGUACGCGAGAAUCCCAGCAAGGGCAAAGGGUGGUUUACCAAGAGAGACAUUCCAGCUGGAUCCGUUGUGUUGGUGGCGAAAGCCAUUGCUUGUGCACUUGAUUUGGAGUAUAUAGAAGGAGAUAGUGCCGAUGGCAACAUUGAUGACGACGAGGAUGACGACAAUCAGCAAAUGGAACAAGAAGAAGAGGAUCAGGGUAGCACUGUAAACGAGCUAUUGGUUCUCGAUUUACUACAACACAUUUUGGACAAUCCUUCGAUUUGGUCGCAGCAACUAACGAACCUCUAUCCACGGGAAACAGUGGACAUCGAAGMAUCUCCGGUCUGGAUAUCGAAAGACGACGACGUCUUUUCGCAAUUCGAAGCGAUGAUCRAAAAAAUCGAGACGGUUCCGGGGCUGGCGGGAAAAUCCAAAGAAAUCUCAAAGCGGCUUCCCCUGAUUGUCCGAUACAAUGUCCUAUCGAUCGAAACCUGUCCCGAACUGCUUAGCCAUCCGGGACUACACGGUCACCACUCGUUGUCGGGUGUGGGACUCUAUUAUUUGCCAUCUUUCUUCAACCAUGAUUCCAGACCAAAUAUAGCCCGAUACGCUGUAGGAGACAUUAUGUGGUUUGUGGCCAACCAGGAUAUUGGCGCUGGACAGGAGCUUUGCAUAAGCUAUCUAGAACAGGAUGUACUCUGCGAGAACACGUAUCGACGAAAUUGUAUGCUAACGCUAGAUUUUAAGGUACGGUAUGAUGUGGCGCGACUAUAUGCAAUGCUAAUUCGAAAAACUCUCUACGUAUGCCUGUUACAACGACUAACUUGCCUACAUUUUGUGCUCCUGUUUUCACUUUUAGGAAGAGGAGGAUGCUUAUCGGGCGACUAUCGAUGAAGAAUCGCCCUGUUAUCCUGUCGUAGACGUUGAGGUGCAAAAUGAGCUGAUGUCCAUGAACCCUUUCGAGCGACUCGAAGCAAUCGAUCAGUUGAUGCAACAGGCGGCCGGUGAAGCCUUGCCGGAAGGCGAAGACAUUGAAGGAGAAGACGGCGACGACCGAAUGGAAGCAAAUGGGAGUGCAUGGUUUGAGUGCGAUGUACAAAACUUGAGAAUUUUGAAAGCCAUCACGUUGGAGGGCUGUGACAAAUCCGAAAUGGCUCUGCAACUUUGGGAAGAAUGCAUUGGAUUCACGGAGUCCAAGAUGCCUCCCAACGAUGAGAAUUCGAUUGUGAUGAGGGUGCAAGCAGCCCUUUGCUGUUUGAAUUUGAACGAAGAAGCCCGUGCUGCACAACACGCAGCGAUUGCUCUACAAAAACACAACUUGAUGUUUGGAGGUGGAGUGAGACGGUUCCGUAGGCGUUACCGUCAAGAGUUUCGAUUGAAUCUUAGACCAAAAUCCAGUGGCGGAGAAAACGACAAAUCAUUUGAAGAAAUGUUAUGGCCGUACGAAUGAGCUAAUACUCGUCCGUGAAAUUUGCAGGAAGAUACCAUGCUAACACGGUGGUUAUGUUCUCGCGAAAUAAGGGAAGAAUUGGCUGUAGCAUGCCACCAUUCACGAUAUCAUGCAGAGAACUAGUACGCUCGAUUUUCCAUGAGGUUUGUGCGACUGCAUCGCCAUAUAACAACUGUGUAGACAUUAUAAGUAUGGUAUCAAUUGUUGUUGAUUACUUCUACGUACAUCACAUGCUUAUCAGAGUGAAAGGUUCGAAGAUCAUCUUCGAGUAUCGGUUUUGUUGUUAUUCCUWGUAGUAUUUUUUAUUUCAAUAAUUUCCAUAACUUACGGUACGGGCACGCARUUCGUACGUUCCUACCUUACAGUAGUGUGUACGAAGUCAUAAAAUCUGAUCGAAGGAGGCAUGGGGCGGGCAGACUUCAAAAACAUUCCCCCGAAUUGAAUUCCGGAACCAUUCCAGUACAGGUACGAGUACCCCAGUACGGUACUCGUAGUACUUCUUCGAACCAACUGCCCUUUCGAGAGACGACAAACGAGAAACAAGGAGAAUACUUUUUGUGAUCUGAUUCACCAUCGAAUGAAGUCCUUCUCAACGAAACUACUCGUAAUCUCCCUGCGCUGAACAARCACCUCUUUAUAGUUGCCGUGUAGAUAGUAAUCUGAGAACAAUCACGGUCUAUUCUGUUUUCGAGAAUCAUUUAAGCGGAGGCUGCCAUAUCAAAUCAUGAUGUUCCGACGAGCUGUUGCCACAGUACCUCUUGAAGGGUUUUCUACGCGAAGACUUCUCUCUUCUCCGGCUCCUUCCGUCAAAGUAACGAAGUCGACACCAAAAAGUUUCUCACGAUUGGAAGCCCUUCGAGAAAAACUAUCCGCCGAAGAUGCUACUAUCGACGAUUUUUCCGGGGAAAAAUCGGUUGUAGUUCGGAGGAAGGCCGCCCCCCGCAGCGCAAAAACACUACCCAAGCCGAAGUGGUUAAAAGUUCAGCCAGCGGAUUCCGAUAAUUAUCGCAGGCUUCGACAAACAGUUCGCGACUCUGGACUUGCGACGGUCUGGUAAGUCUGGAAUGCUUCGAUUCGAGUUUUGGUUUGGUUUGUGUUAUGCACUGCUAUUAGAAACUACUCGUUAUUCUUCAACUAUCAUCGUAACAAUCAUCGUAACUCAUCUAGUUUGGAUGUCACGUGAUUCGAAGCGAGGAAGCUCGAUGUCCCAACAUUGGUGAGUGCUGGGGUGGUGGUGAGGACCAAACGGCGACUGCGACAAUUAUGAUAAUGGGAGAUACUUGUACCAGAGGCUGUCGGUUUUGUUCCGUCAAAACUUCCAGAAAGCCACCCCCGUUGGAUCCCGAAGAACCCGAAAAGGUAUCC